AUGCCCAGGAUGGCACUCGAGAUCAAGAUCGAUGAUCACUACUCGUCCAAGAUCUACACCAGCGGCUCCCGCGUCGCCGGUGUCGUCGACAUCUGUCCAGAUACCGACAUGCCUUUCCACUGCUUUCAGAUCACUCUCAUCGGCACCGCUCGCACACGGGUCGACAUGCUCCCCGGACCCAAGAUCACCAACGACGUCUUUCUCAACCUGGACAUGCCCAUCACGAAGACACUCUAUCCCCCAGGUCAGACGCUCAUGGCUAAAGAAACACACCGUAUCCCUUUCGACUUCACUAUCCCCCACAAGCUUCACAAAGACUCUUGUGGCGCCGUUUCAGGAGCCCAUUCCCACGACCAACACCUGCGGCUCCCCCCAACGAUGGGAAGCUGGGAGAAAGACGACAUGGCCCCUACCAUGGCCCAGGUCGAGUACAAGAUAGUGGCUCGCUUGUUACGGAGGCAAUCCUACAAGAACAACAGCAAGAGCAUCAUCGAGGCCAGCCAGUCGAUCAAGAUCCUUCCCGCAUUCCCCGAAGACCCGCCCCUCGUCCUCAACAGCCACGACGCGCGUUAUGCCCUUUCUCGGACCAGGUCGGUCCGUCGAAGUAUCCUUUCCGUUCACAAAGACCGUAUCAUCAUCACAGCCGCCCAGCCCCAGGCUGUCCACGUCAGCAUCGGCGGGCACCAACUCCCGAGCUCUCAGCCCAUGGUCUCGCUCGACUUCGCCUUCGAAUCCUCGUCCGCCGCUUCUUUCCCGCCUGAGGUGACACUCAAUCAGGUCAAGCUCGAAGCCCAGACCUGGUUCACAGGGACGCCUAUGAAGGUGGUCCCUGACCUAGGCGACCCACGCGAUGCGGCAGGUCUCCGCCACGAGCUCAGGUACUCCACCAAUGUCAAGCUCUCGACAACCGACACGGGCGUCAUCUUGUGGCACAAGAACGACGCCAACGAAGGGCAGAGAGUGACUUCAUGGCAGUCCGCGGCCAGGAUCCCCAUCCGACUUCCAACCGCGCACAAGAUGUUCCUCCCGACGUUCUAUAACUGCUUCAUCGCCCGGAGCUACAUCCUCCACGUGAGCGUCACCUUCGGCGGGUCCAAGACGAACCUUUCCAUCCCGAUGCAGAUCGCGUCGCAGUCGCUGUACCCGAGGAUGUCGGAGCCUGAAGUCGAAGACCUGCCCUCUUUCGAUGCCUCUCUGACUUGGAGGUGA